AUGUGUCUCACAACGGCAGCGUUCAGGGCUUUACCGAACUCAACUGCUCUGGCCGUUUUCACGGCGAGCAGAGAAGAUUCAUCCGGCCAAGACCGAGCUGCCACCCUGGGAAAAGCAGAAUUCAAACUGCACCUUCUGCAAAGCUCCCCGUGCCAUCAAGGUUCCUCGCUCAAUUUUUACAUCACGGACCGACAUUUUGUCCAAAAUAACGAAAAAAAAUUUUUCAGAGAAAAAACAAACAAACAAACAAAGCCCCAAGAAGUGCAACAAAUUUCCGCGCCCGCCGAGGCGAGCCGCGGCCGGCGACGGCGGCCACGCAGCUCCGCGGCCCUUUGUGGGGAGGGCCGCGCGGGGGCCGCGGGCAGCGCUCACCGCGCCGGGCGCCAAGUGAUGCGAGCAGCCCGGCCGGCCCCGCCGCGGCUCGCGGACACCGGCGGCGCGGGCUCCCGGCGCGAACAAAGCUGCCCGCCCCCGCCCCCUCCCCCACCGCCGCCGCCGCCCCGGCCGCCCCCCACGCGGCCCCCCGGCCCCGCCGCCUUACCUCGGCCGCCCGCCCGGCCCGCUCGCGCGCCGCUACGAUUCGGAGGAGGUUGUGCAGUGCCGGGCUCCGGCCGGAGGGUGGCGCCGCCCAGCGCCUUCGGAAAAAAGGGGGGGGGGACGCGGGAGACCCCCGCGCACUGUGGCCUCCCGCCGCCGCCGCCGCCCGGCUCGGCUCCUCCCGGCCGCGCAGUCAGCAAGUUCCGAGGCGAGCGCGGGGGAGGGGAGGGCGCGGCGGCGGCGGCGGCGCGCGUGCUCGCUCGCUGCUUGCCUGGCGGAGGGGCGCGCGCCGCCGGCGCCCGGCGGGCGCGAGCUGUUCCGGCGCGCUCCCGCGCUCUCUCUCCGCGCCUCCCUUCACCCGGGGGGCGCACGCGUCCGCCCGCGCGCGGCCAGGACAAAGAGCGCGGCGGGGACCCGGCGGGCUGGCCCCUGACGCCCUUGGCCGCGGAGCCGGUACCGGAGAAGGCGGGGGCGCGGGCGCCGUCUCGCGGGGCCGCUGUGCCGCGGGGUGGCUUCCGGCCUGAGCCCGCCUCCGGAGCGAGGCUGCCCAUUGGACUACCCGACCCGCAGGCUGGGGCCAGGGUCAUCCCCGGGGCUGGCCGCAUCUCCUGUCCCUACACACGGGCCAGCGUGGUCAACGGGGCCCCCACGCCUGGGCAAGGGCCCGGGGCGCGUGGCCGGGAGUCCCCUGCUGCCCUGGAAGACUGGAGCCUAAUGGGUGUCGUUGACGAAGCCAGGCACGCAGGCGGAGGAAAGCUGCCUCUUGACCCUCCUGCUCUUGCUAUUUAGGUCUAUCCUCCUGUAACGUCAUUUAUUCUAGACCUAUACUACCUAACCUCUGGCUCUAUCUCUUCUUUGAAUCCUUCUGAUGGAAUUUUUAAAGAAACCAUAAAUUUCCUCAUAGUUGUAAUAUAGUGAAAAGAAUACGCUGUUCAAAAUUGAUGGAGAUCUGUGUCCAUUGAUGUCCUCAUGCUGUCACUCUCUAGCUUCUUCACUUGAGGCAAGUGAUUUAUACUGUAAGAACCUCAGUUUUCUUAUCUGUACAAUUGGAAUAGUUACACCUAUCUUACAGGCUUUUGUUAGGAUCAAAUUAGAUAGCAUAUGUAAGGUGCUUUAUGAAUUCUAAAGGAGGAAAAUGUUGAUUGAUGUUAUGGUUGCUUUCACAUCAGAUGAGUUCGGAAUCUGUAAUUCUGACAUGUUAUUAAUUCUGGAAUGAGGGAAAUAACAAAGAGAUUUUAUGGGACCCUAAAAUGUUGUUUUUUGUCACAUUUUCUGGUGACUAAAAUACCCUAUUUUGGAAAGAGACUAGAUGAUUAAAUAAAUGGAAAGAAAGAAUCUUCUAACCUACAGGUCUGCCAUCACUGUACUAUGUACACAAAAGACUGAUUAUAACAAAAUGAAUUUCUACUUGUCAAGGUUCCAAUUCCUUUUUGUCUACCACUUGUCAAGUUUCCCGAGUAACUUUGGUGGAAGCAGCCUUUACGUUAGGAAACUUGUCUCUGG